AUCCCUCCUCGGCUAACAGGUGAGAGUGAACUCCCAUUGGAUCGCCUAAUUCACAACAACUCUCGCCUCACCUUACUUCCUCUCCCUUAUUCGUGCAUUCAUGCACCCGCCAAAGUGUUGUUGCCUCCGCUCUUAUCAUAUCGGCCUUUUCCCCAAACCAUCUGCCUCUGCGGCAGAGGGACUUUUGUAUUUGCGGUCGCUAGCCUGACUCCCUGCCCAUCUCUGUAUCCAUCCCCCACGUCACCGUCUAUCCAUCCAUUGUUCUGUCACUGGUCUGGUCUGACGUCCUGGUCUCAGACACAAAUGGUCGAUGCCAUUCAGAGACAGAGACGAGUUGCUAGCCGUCCUCCCUACGAAGUUGGAGGGGAUGUCAAGGUUGGGCAAAGCAGAGUAUAG